UAACUAGGUCUAUUCUAAAAAAAAACUCAAAUAUAUUGAUUAUUUGAUUGAAAACGUUCAGAUUUCCAAACUAAACAGUGACCAUGGCUGAUGAUGGUGAAAAUGUAUCUGUAAUGACAGUAAAGGAGCCCUUGGACCUCAUUAGAUUAAGCUUGGAUGAAAGGAUAUAUGUAAAAAUGCGAAAUGAACGGGAAUUAAGGGGGAAAUUACAUGCUUAUGACCAACAUUUGAAUAUGGUACUUGGUGAUGCAGAAGAAACAAUAACAACGGUUGAAAUUGAUGAGGAAACUUAUGAAGAAGUUUAUAGAACCACUAAGAGGAACAUUCCCAUGUUAUUUGUAAGAGGUGACGGAGUCAUACUCGUGUCUCCUCCUGUUAGAGUUGGAGUGUAAUUUAGGAUUAAUAUAAGUUUAUUUAAAAUAAAAUUUACAUUUAAAUAUUCAAGAAA